AGUUCAACGUAGGUUGUCCCUGCCAGAAUUAAAGAUGGCCGCUGCGGGACAGUAUCCGUCUACGUGACGUUGGCACUUGGUCACGCCCCACAAAGGCAUCUCACUUGGAAAAAGACAGGGUCACGUGACGGGCCCUGGCGGCAGGUGACCUCAGCAGCUUGGAUGGCGGCAGAUUUGACUCCCCGGUUCCGUAGGAUCCGCAGUAUGGGAGAGCUCCGAGCCCGGAGGAGAGGUUACACAGGGCCGUUCCAGGCAACACACUUGUGGAACAGUAUUAUCCAGGCACUGAAAAGCCAAGUAGAGGUGAAGCACAGACGGCAGCACCUGCGGACAUACCCCGGCUGCUUUACAGGCUCGGAUGCUGUGGAUGUCGUCCUUUGUCAUCUGAUGCAGAAUAUGUAUUUAAGCAGCUAUGAUAUUUCGCGCACCAAAGGAGUGCAGCUGUGCCAGGCCCUCAUGGACCACAAAGUCUUUGAGCCUGUUGGUGCUAAACUCUUUAAGACUGAAGCCGAACUUGUCUUUGAGGACAGUAAUAGUUAUUUCUAUAGGUUUUUAGAAUUUAAAGGUCCUGCUGAAUACUCCCCAAGUGAGAAGUGCUUUGGUAAAGAAAAGAGGCGCUCACAGACUGGACACGUAACAAUCUGCAAUCCAUCUGCUUGGGACACUCAAAAUGAGAAGUUAAAUCAGCUGCUUAACUGCAUCUGUCACCUUCCUAAUGCACAUCUAAACCACGACCUCAGUAAACCAUCCGGCAGCCCAUCUCCUAAAGAUGUUGAGAAUGUGUGGAAACAGCAGGUGAUGGUUCGUCUUCUUCAGUUAAUUCACAUUCCUGUCUUGGAAGACAUCUUGGACCCCCCCGUUAAAGCAGAUUACAAAAAGCAUUUUGCUGAUUUCAUUGUUUCAAACACAUUUGUGGACAGAGAAAUUCUACAGACUCUAAAUUUGCCCAAAUUGGACGGAUGGCUUGCUGCGGCAGUGGAGUGUUUGGAGUAUUUUCCUGAUGAACAGAUUGUGAUGCUGAGUCAGCAGUUAUCGCAGACUAAUGGAAAUAAGGAAAAUCUAGAUGUCUACAAGAAGAUGCUUUUUGAUGUUGUUACUAAAUAUUACUCCCAGGAAAGAGAUCCAUUUUUGGAUUGCCGAAUGGUUCAAAUUCUGUUGGGAAUCAUUGAGCUUCUAGAAAAUGGAAAGCAAACCCAAGCACUGGAAGCCGUCCAGCUUUUCCUGAGAUUGCUCAUGCCACAAGUAAGAGAGGAGUUCCGUCGUUUAAUCAUUUUCUUGGCCACAGCUUCCGAAACUGAUGCCUACCGGCUGCAAAAGCAGUUUGACAACAAAGUGAUGGUGUUAAAAAUAUUCACAAAAGUCAUCGUUCACAGCCCCACAGUAUCGAGAGGACAAAGUGAACAGUUUACUAUGUUUCUACUAGACCAUUCAAGGGACCUCUUCAAGACACCUAUGGAGCUACUUGAUCUUGUUAGUACAAAGUUAAGGAGUCUUCAGAACGGAGGAGACCCAGAUGACCUUUCAGGCUUUACAUUUUGUCAGCGGCUAACCAUUCAAGAAUACGAAACCCAGAGGUAUAGUUGCACAAGAAGGGAAAUACAGCAGUUGAUAAAGAUGGUAGACAGGAGUAUUGCUAUUCCUGAGAAGAAAAAGAAGAAAUUUAUGAAAGAAUUCCAGAAAUAUCACCCUUCAACCUUCACCAACUAAGUUUUAACUGACCUGCUUUGAUCAAAUUUUCUUUUGCACUACGAGUAGGUGGGUACGUGCCCACUUGUGUGGUUAGAUUGUCCCGGACUACAUAAAAUAUAAUGUGGUUGUGAUGUCUUAGGAAGCACCUGCAUUAGGUUGGAGAUGCACCUAAUGCAGGACAGUCCUGGAAUACUGCAAUACACGACAAAUGCAUUUAUUGACCUUUUUUAUAUGGGUAUUGCCCCAGUCAUUACUACUGUUUUUAGACUUUAAUGCAUUGCUGUGUCCUACUUGCACUAGAGCUAGAUUGGAGGGGAUUUUAUUUUUAAAUAUUUGUAUAGAGAGAACUUUGUUCCUAUUCUUGUAGUUUGUCACUUUGUAUUAUUGUGUGUAACUACUGAUUCUUAAAGUGUACUCCACCCUUACACUGUGGAGGCAGACUAAAGAACAUGGCUUAUUGUUUCUUUAGAAACCAGGGACAUCAAAGUGUACUUUGAUCUUUCUGGUGUCCGCAGAUAAGCGUACAUUCUGCUGAUAAUUUUCAGUGAUUUAUUUUAAAUUAAUCUUAAUGUGAAUAUUUGAAAUACUGUAAAUUUUACACUUCAGUAACCUUCCUCUCCAGCCAUAAUAUAGUAUAUUAUAAAUAGAGAAAGAUUUCUUAACAAGCAUUUAUACAAUGAUGCUCUGGGUUCCCGUGUCCUAACCAGAAGAAUGACUCCAAACAAAAGAUGUGAAGAAGUUGCCUGCUAAGAAAAUUACACUGCAUGUAUCCUAUAUCUGGAAUGACACUUUAAAAAUAUCCUUAUUUAUGGUAGCGUAGCCUUAAAAAGUCUGUGGAAAUGUGAUAGUCUUAUGUAGCAAUUGUGAUGGGAUAAGUGCAAUUACGUGUGAGGAAUUUAAAGGGUUAUCCCAUCUCAAACAUUUCGGGAAGGGCCACACAUGCUGUAUUUUGCUGCAUAUUUUCUGCAGCUGAUUUUGAUACCCAUUGACCGAGGUGGUGCAUCUUUUUUGAGAAUUGGGGUCCCAAGGCCCCAACACUGUGGAUAGGAUGCCGAAACAAUCUGAAAAGGUUGUUUUAUGCUACUUGCAUAAGUUUCAUUUAUGGGAGUUGCAUAUACAUCGUAGCUCUUGUUCUCUAGAUAGCUGUAGAUGCCAGAAGGUGGGACCUGAUUAACGCUAAGUCUGGGAAACAAUAACAAACACCCUACUUUUGUGUUUUCUUAUGUUAGAAUAUCUGUAAUAAUUAGACUGAUUCCGAAGUUAUCUAAAACUGUAAACUUAACAUUUUUGGAAUAUUAGAGAUCAAGAUCUUGGCAAUACUAUAACUAGAGAUGAGCGAACUUACAGUAAAUUCGAUUCCUCACGAACUUCUCAGCUCCGCGGUUGCUGACUUUUCCUGCAUAAAUUAGUUCAGCUUUCAGGUGCUCCGGUGGCUGGAAAAGGUGGAUACAGUCCUAGGAGAGUCUCCAGCACCGGAGCACCUGAAAGCUGAACUAAUUUAUGCAGGAUAAAGUCAUCAACUGCCGAGCCGAGAAGUUCGUGACAAAUCAAAUUUACUGUAAGUUCGCUCAUCUCUAACUAUAACCUCUGUUCCUAAACAUCGAGAGAAUUCAUAAUUUUUUAUUAUUCUAUACUUGAAAAUCAUGUUCCAUUAAUAAAAAUGUUCUCUUAUUUGUGGUUUGUGAUUAGGCCAAAAUGUCUAAACAUUGAGUCAUAUCUGAGAUUUGUGUAUUUGCUAAAAAAAAAAAAAAAAAAUGAA